CAUCACCAUCCCAGAAGUUGCUUCAGUCUGCGGUUACCCCGAGCGGCUGCUGGAUCAGUGUGUAGCCAUUGUCAAGCAAGGACACCCCGGGAGACACUCACAGCCGGAACCGAGCCUCUACCGGACACAGCCGAACUACCGACUACAACCACGGUUCGAAGUCCUGAUCUCAGUGCACCUGGUACGGCCUUUUCUUCUCCUCUGAGCCCAGCUGUCCUCCACUCGUCUUCUUCGUCUUCUUCUCCUCGUGAGCAGACAUGCCUCCAGCGGUGGGUGGGCCCGUGGGGUACACCCCUCCUGAAGGUGGCUGGGGUUGGGCGGUUGUAGUGGGGGCCUUCAUCUCCAUCGGCUUCUCCUACGCCUUCCCCAAAUCCAUCACGGUGUUCUUCAAAGAGAUCGCGGUCAUCUUCGAUGCCACGCCCAGUCAGGUGUCCUGGAUCUCCUCCAUCAUGCUGGCUGUCAUGUAUGCUGGAGGUCCAAUCAGCAGCAUCCUUGUGAACAAAUAUGGCAGUCGGCCAAUCAUCUUACUCGGCGGCUGUCUGUCAGGGUCGGGACUCAUCGCGGCCUCCUUCUGCAACACCGUGGAGCAGCUAUACUUCUUCAUUGGUGUAGUGGGAGGUUUGGGACUGGCAUUCAACUUGAAUCCAGCCCUCACUAUGAUUGGUAAAUACUUCUACAAGCGGCGGCCCAUCGCCAACGGCAUCGCUAUGGCGGGCAGCCCCGUGUUUCUGUCCACCCUGGCCCCUCUCAACUCGUGGAUGUACGAUCAGUUUGGCUGGCGAGGCAGCUUCCUCAUCCUGGGCGGACUUCUGUUCAACUGCUGCGUGGCCGGCUCCCUCAUGCGCCCCAUCGGACCCAAGCCGCAGCCGGCCAAGCCCGACUCGGAGGCGGGGGCGCUCAACGCGGUGGAUCCGGUUCAGCCGCAGCCCAAGAGGACCGUCCUGCAGACCAUCAACUCCUUCAUCGACCUGACGCUCUUCAAACACCGCGGCUUCCUGCUCUACCUGAUGGGCAACGUUGUCAUGUUCUUCGGCCUCUUUGCCCCGCUCAUCUUCCUCUCCAGUUAUGCCAAGAGUAAGGACAUCAGCAAAGAGAAUGCCGCCUUCCUGCUCUCGGUGCUGGCGUUCGUUGACAUGGUUGCCCGGCCCUCCAUGGGCAUGCUGGCCAACACCAGGUGGGUCCGGCCCAGGAUUCAGUACUUCUUCGCCACUGCCGUCCUCUACAACGGACUGUGUCACGUGCUGGCGCCGCUGUCCGUGGACUACACUGGAUUCGUGGUGUACGCCAUCUUCUUUGGUUUCGCCUUUGGCUGGCUGAGUGCGGUCUUGUUUGAGACGCUGAUGGACCUGGUGGGGGCUCAGAGGUUCUCCUCGGCCGUGGGUCUGGUCACCAUAGUGGAGUGUGGGCCGGUGCUGUUGGGCCCACCGCUAACAGGUAGUUUCUAUAACUACUACGAAAACUACGACUACACCUACAUCUCCUCUGGCGUCAUCCUCAUAGUCGCGGGCGUGAUGCUCUUCGUAGGAAUGGGCAUCAACUACCGCCUGUUGGCGCGAGAGAAGAAAGCCGAGGAGAAGAUGGAAAAGGAGGAGGCCAAGGAAGAGCGCGCCGCCAUGUUGGCGCCUCCCUCUCCGUCGAAAUCCGACGCGGGGAAGGAGGAGAACGACGCGAAUGCCGCCGUCACGCUGGACGACGUCGCCAAGAUGGACGAGGACACGGUGUAGAAAACGUCAAAAAAAAAACACCCCCUUCACGGAAACCCACACAAGAGUCGCAGCAGCCACACGCCGUCGAUUUCUAGAGCGAUAGAACCUUUGUACACAACCCCCGAAGCCAUAGAAAUGUCCUUUUUUGUCCUUUUUAAAAACUUGAGACCAGCAGCUGUGAAGCCGUGAAGAUUGGCGGUUGGGGAUGCCCAUCACGCAGCUUUUCACCGCGUCGAGACCUCUGGUUGUUGGUAUUUGUCGUGCCUUUGGUGAACUCAAAGGUCCCCCCCCAGGAGCAAAAAAAAAAAACACCACUUCUAUAAUAUAUCGUCUAAACGCCAGAGAGACGCACAACGGACAGAAGGACUUUACUCUCAGGGUCUCGAGCUGCCGUCAAAAUGUCAGAACCACACACCCACGUGAAAACACACAAACCUUGACUCGGUUUUAGUCAAAACUGAGACUCCGAGUCGAACGGUAGAUAUUUUUGUUGCAGUACUUGGAAGAAUACUGUACAUCCCCACCCCCCCUCCCCCACCU